CCCCAAUAAUGAUAGUUGGCCACACCUUAUAUUAUAUGAUGGCUAAGAGUUGCUUCACGCGUGAACAUCAACUCCAAAAAGGGCAAAAUUCAAAAUCCACGUUUAUAUUUUCCCCUUGCAACUCCCCACUCUUGUCUUGAUGGAGUUGGCCAACUGUCGCAGCCCUUCUUCUUCGUCUUCGGAACUGAAUCCGUGCGGCACCGACACCCGACGAGGGGCGACGUCGGCAGUUCAUCAUGUGCUGCAGCUAAUCAAAUCGGACGACCCUGAUUCCAAGCUGCAAGCCGCCAAGGAUAUCCGCUGCCUUACCAAAACUUGGCAGAGGUGUCGGGCACUGCUGUCUGACGCCAUCAAGCCCCUCGUUUCCAUGCUCCAAGCCGACUCGCCUCCGUCACACCACGUGUCUGCUCUUCUCGCGCUCCAUAACCUCGCCGUUAAAGAUGAAAUGAAUAAGAUCAGCAUUGUAGAAGCAGGUGGCUUAGAACCCGUUAUUAGAUUCCUUAAGACAGAGAGCUUGAACUUGCAAGAGUAUGCAACAGCCUCCUUGCUAACUCUGUCAGCCUCUGCUAAAAACAAGCCACUUAUAGGUGAUUCUGGGGCCAUUCCUAUCCUUGUGUGUAUCCUUAGAUGUGGGAGCACACAAGCCAAAGCUGAUACAGUGACGGCUCUUUUGAAUCUCUCAACACACCCAAAUAAUCUAAACAUUAUUCUUGACACAAACCCGAUCCCUUCUAUAGUUAAUUUAUUGAAAACCUGUAAGAAAUCUUCAAAAACAGCUGAAAAAUGCAGUGGUCUGAUUGAGUCUUUAGUGGGUUUUGAUGAGGGAAGAAUUGCAUUGACAUCUGAGGAAGGUGGAGUGCUUGCAGUAGUUGAAGUGCUUGAGAAUGGUUCUCUCCAAGGUAGGGAGCAUGCAGUUGGGGCACUUCUGACAAUGUGUGAGAGUGAUCGAUGUAAAUACAGAGAACCGAUUCUUAGAGAAGGAGUGAUUCCUGGACUGCUUCAGCUAACAGUUCGAGGAACACCAAAGUCCCAGUCAAAGGCACAAACCCUUUUGCGGUUGUUGAGGGACACUCCAUACGCAAGAUCUGAACUUCAACCUGACACACUAGAGAAUAUAGUUUGCAAAAUAAUCUCACAGAUUGAUGGAGAUGAUCAAUCUGGAAAGGCUAGGUAGAUGCUGGCUGAGAUGAUACAAGUUAGAGUGGAGCAGAGCUUGAGACAUUUACAGCAAAGGGCUCUGGUAUGCACUCCAACUGAUUUGCCUGUUACUAGUGCUUCUGAGGUAUCUUCAAAAUGAUCGUUUCUUUGUACCAUCCUGCAUCCCUCUUCCCUCUUUUUUCCUCUUUUUGGGGCAUCUGACAUAAACUGUUGAUGUACAAAAAACAUGUAAGAAGAAUAUGCAGUGAAGAAUGCCAGUCCAGGCCGUUCUGGUGGGUCCAGGUGACUGGUUCAGUGUCAAUAAACUGGAAAUGAAAGCAUAAUUUUUUUUUUCUUUUUUGAAUAGGUUACAAUUUUGGGGGUGAGAGAUUUGAAACCCAAUUCUUGGGAUGGGGUGCACCUACAACAUGGCUUACAGCUAUCGGCCAAGAAGGCCAAGUGCGAAAGCGUAAGUUUUUGGUUUGUAAACAAAAGGAACUUUUGUAUCAAAUGUUAUACAGUUAGUAAAGUAUUUCUCAUAUU